CACUGCUGUAUUGCCCACCCAAAAGAUCUCAGGGUGAUUUUGAAGAACCAGGGCCUCAGAUCUGGAGUUAUCUUGUAGGGAGAUGUUGGGGCCCUGAAUUAUUCUUUUGUACUAACCAGGCAGAAAGGGGUGGGUAGGAUGCUUUCUGUACUAUAAUUCAUUAGGCAGUUUCAGCUGUAUUUGCAGCAACAGGCCUAUGACCAGGGAAGAGUUUUGCUGAGCCACACUCUGUAGACCUGAAAACUAAUGUGUCAGCUAUUUGAAAUAACACAAUCUCCUCUCUGAUAUCACUUCACUGUUUAGUCAGUGGCUAAUGGAGUCAUUCACUUUCUGAAAACAGGCCUCUAGGAACAAAGUCUUAUUAUAGCAAAGAAAUAUGAGCUCUAAUAAACAUUUGUUUUAAUAUUCACCUCUUUAAAAAUGUCUGAAUUAGAACAGUUAUUUCACUGAGUCUAAAUUCAUAUUGCAUCAUAAAAUGCUGGCAUGUUUUUAGUUGUCAAAGAAAAUUACAAUUGUGUUCAGAUACACAGGCCUGCAAUUAGAUGCCUUGUGUGUAUUUUUAGACUUGACUUGGCCUAUCAGUUCAAUCCAAUGUAGCAUUUUAUACCGAAUCAUUCAUGUAAAGUAUCUUAAACAAUAUUCUGGAGAGACUGGUCCUGAUAGAUGAGUCUGUAACGAUUCUAAAUGGAAUGUACCAGUAUAUUGAAUUUACCUGGGCACAGGUAUCACAGGUGGAAGGCAAACAUCAGAAAAUAGUGAUGCUGCUAUUAUUUGGCAUUAAAAAAUGUUGUCAUGAAAAUAUUGGCUCUAAGUGUAGGUGGAUAAUGUUGUAUGGUAAAACCAUAUGCCCUGUCUCUCCAUGAGAUUUCUGACUGGCAGCAUCUGAGGUUGAGUGUUAAUAUUUUAUACGCAGCACUUAUGAGCUGUUGAAGCCAGUGUUGAAACUUUCCAGGGCAGACUGCAGGAGUGGGAGAGGGGAAAUGGGGGAGCCGCAGUGGUGCAGAAGCACCUCACUUGUGCUGCUAUCCCCUGCUGACAUGAGUUUGGGGCUCCCCAUGCACAUUCCAGUUGCAGGGAGUGGCUGUGGGGUGCUGGGUUCAGCAGCAUGCAGGUGCCUCCUUCCAGAGCCUGCUUGUUGCCCACGCCUCCCCCACAAGUGUUUCCUGCUGGCUGGGAGCACAUGCUGGAAACUGGAACCUGUGCACCACCACUGUUUAUCCUUAGCUGACACAGGCAUGGAGGAAACAAAAUGACUCCACAAAGGUGUAUCAAACCACUAUGAUCCACGUCCAAAAUACACUGUUUUUUCCCCCAUGUCCAUUUCCCCGUGCCAAGAAUAAAACUAAACAUUGGAGAAAUAUUUGCCUCUUUUCCCAUAGCUUUCCAUGUCUUCAAAAUAACUGGUAAUUACACUUGGCACAUGACAUUCGGAUGUAGGUGACUUUUGUAUCCAAGCUUUUGGUGUCCUUAGUGUCCUAGGGAGAGAAUCCUGGCAUCCUAGUGCCCAGUUUUCUGCCCAAGCACUAGAUGUUCCUUUCUCUUACUAAAGCCCAGACUGUUGCACAAAAAGGUGUAUUUAUUUGUUAAACUGAAGCUUUUUUCAUUCUGAUCAACCUGCACAAAAUGUGUAAUUUCAGGCCAGGUUCUUCCUGCUUCUGGGUUGUUGUUGUGUGUGGCGCUUUAGUCUAGGUUUUGGUGGUGUAUUUCUGUAGAAACCUUACAUACAUAGUCCUUAGUUUCCAUAGUUCUAAGAGCUUCCUUUAAAUCUUCCUUCUCCUGAAAUUAAAAACACUCUAAUAGAAAUCAUAAUCCCAUUCUUGUGCUUGACACACAAUCUUUGUAGUAACUCGAGUCCACUGACUUCUUUGGAACAAAUACUGACAUCUUUAUUAUUCACACUCUGAUUGUUUUACAGUAGAUAUUUUAUAUGGGAUCAUUUCCUUUGUGGGCUAGGAAACUCACUCCGUUUGCACUUGUUCUAGCCACCUGUCAGAGUUAUGAUUUAUUUUUGCUUUGUUUGAUAGCCUUGUUUUAUCUUUCUGCGUCAAAGACAUUCAGGAACUGACUGAACAAGCAAAAAUCCCCAGCCACUCUUUCCUUCCACUGCAGUGAGCUGAUUUUGCCAGUCAUUUUAGGCUGGCAGCAGACAAGGACUUUGCUCUCUUCUGCAUCUCUCAGCAUGUUAAUAAAGGCAAAGGACAACAUCUGAAUGAAAGGAGAAAAAGUAAGAGACCCUUAGUAAUUUACAGAAGAGCAAUGGCGGAUUGAAGGACAUGAUCUCUAAGAGAGUUAAGCUGAGCAGUUAAAGGCUCCCAAAUUUAUUUUUAUGCUUCUGAAACUUCAGAUUCCAGGCUCAACCUGCAUUUCUCCUCCCAUCUUGGCUUUUUCUGUUGGAGUCAUAAUAGGCUGCGGGGGCCAGUUGCCAAAGUGCCUCUGGAAGGUAAUGUAGCUUCAUCCUUGUUUCCCAAGGAAGAUGCCAGAUCUUCUGUACGGAGUCUUGCAUUCUCUCCUGAGCUGUUUCAUUCCUGCUGCCAAUCUACUGGUAAUUGUGGUCGUUUACAAACUGAUGAAGAAGAAGCGGGGUACAAACUACAUCUUCAUCCUCAACCUGGCUUUUGCAGACCUGCUGGUGGGCGUAAUGUGCAUAGCAGAGGCACUGGACGAUAUGCUGGAUGGAAACUUUGACAGGAACUUGUCUUUCUGUCUCUUGCGGAUCUGCAUGAGCCUGACACCUUGUAUUGGCUCCAUCCUCACUUUGCUCUUGAUUUCCCUUGAUAGAUAUUUGGCAGUAAAGCUGCCCCUUCAUUACCCAGCCCUUUUGAACAAAAUACCCAUAGUCUUCUCGCUCACUAUUUUGUGGGCCAUCUCUUUCUUGUUUGGCCAUAUGCCUUUGAUUUUCCCCUCUCUGCAGAAAAGCAACUACACGGGCUACUGUGGGCUCCUGUAUGCAGCCAAGAGUGAAUACCUGUAUGCGAUCUGCUUUGGCAUCUUCAUCCCUGUCCUGCUGAUCCUGAUCUGCCUGCAUGUCUCAGUGGGGAGGAUUGCCUACUCACAGCACAAACGGAUCUUGCGCAGUUGCUUGCAAGCAGAACCCCUCAGAGCCCACCUCCGCCACUUCAAGGCACUGAGGACGGCUCUUAUAGUGAUCAUCUGCUUCACACUCUCCUGGGGACCUUACUACAUGGUAGGCAUUGUACAAGCUAUCUGUGAGUCCUGCAACCUGGCUGAGCUUCUGAAGGAUAUCUUAUUUCUGCUGGGAGAACUCAAUUCCCUUAUCAACCCCAUCAUCUAUGCGCUGUAUAGUAAAGAUAUAAGAAGCCAUUUGGCCAAAUUGAUGAAAUGCAAGAAGAAAGGGCAAGCAAAUCCAUUGGCUGUCAUCCACUUUAAUAUCCAAGCCUCUGGUGGCUUAAACAAUCAAGAGGGCAAGGGGUCAGGUUCAUCAGGAGAUCAAGCUUCUGAUGUCACUUUCCCCAGCUGUUCUGGUAACUGCAAAAUAGUCUACUCAGUAUCUUGAUUCAAAGCAGGUGAGCAGCCCACAGUCCAGCAAUGAAAGGGAACACGGGAUGGAUACUUUUUGAGUACAAUGAGUGACAAAGAAAAACAAAAUUGAAAACCACUCCAGGUU